AUGGAGGAUGAUGAAAAGAGGACAUUAUCUAAAAACAUAACUCUUUUAAGAACGGCCACCGACCUAACCGGUUUCCCGCCAAUUAUCCGUUUUGCCGCCAAGCAGCGGCUCCAGAGAAAGGCGGUCAACACCUCCACUCGAGUCGGUUUUUCAUUCGCCGAUGAGCCCUCCGUGGCCAAAAGCUUUAGCGCGUUUAUAGCUUUUGGAGUGAAAACGAACCUUCUCAUGACGGGCUUUGCGGACCGCAUGGGCUGGACGGCUGGGCUUCUGAAGUUGGGCCUGAAAUCGGGAGUGUUGCGUGGAGGGAAGAGGGUGGCGGAGUUGAAGACAGGGGAGAUCGGGUGGCCACGGGCCUCGGAUGAGGCUAAGGCGACCCAACAUUUGAUGAACGAGUCGAGCCCGUUGGAUUCGAAAGGCACGAGCCUGUCUAAAUCACGUGAGUCCAUGGAUUUAACGAUGUCCGAGAUGUUCUUCCCCUCGGCUUUAGCUUCGAUGUACAAAAUCCCAUCGUCAUUGCAUUUGACCGAGGCCUGGCCGUGCAUCCUCCCGGCCAAGGGAUAA